AUGUCCUCGAGAGAAAUGCUGCAGUUGUCGCGGCUAUUGGCCCGGCAGUGCUCCGGCGCAACGGCGGCGACGACGACGGCGAUGACGACGAUAAAGUCAACGACAACAACACCCCUCCAUCCCCGCCGUCUUCUCCGGCCCCUUCUGUCCUCCACACCCAGCAGUCGGCGCGUCGUCUCCACUUUCACCCCCAAACACCAGGCGGCCGCCAUAUCCGUCAUCAAGAGCAAUGUCGACCCCUCGGCCGACGAGUACAAGGAGAACGAGCGGCUCAUGGCCGAGGCCACGGUCCGCCUCGAGAACCUGACGCGGAAGGCGCACCAGGGCGGCUCUGCCAAGGCGAGGGAAAAGCACCUGGCCCGCAAGAAGAUGCUCCCGCGCGACCGCGUCACCGCCCUCAUCGACCCCGGGUCCACCUUCCUCGAGCUGUCUCCCCUGGCCGGCCACGAACUGUACCCUGAAGCUGAUGUGCCGGCUGCCGGCAUGAUCGCCGGCGUCGGCGUCGUCGAGGGCGUCACAUGCAUGAUCGUCGCCAACGACAGCACCGUCAAGGGCGGCACCUACUUCCCCAUCACGGUCAAGAAGCACUUGCGCGCCCAGACGGUUGCGCAGGAGAACAACCUCCCUUGCAUCUACCUCGUAGACUCGGGCGGUGCGAACCUGCCGCACCAGUCAGACGUCUUCCCGGACCGGGAUCACUUUGGCCGCAUCUUCUACAACCAGGCACGCAUGUCCUCGGCCGGAAUACCCCAGAUCGCUGUCGUCAUGGGCCCCUGCACGGCUGGCGGUGCCUACGUGCCCGCCAUGAGUGACGAGAGCAUCAUUGUGCAAGAGCAGGGCCACAUCUUCCUGGCCGGCCCGCCCCUGGUCAAGGCCGCCACGGGCGAGGUUGUCACUCCCGAAAAGCUCGGAGGCGGCAAGAUGCACUCGUCGGUGUCGGGCGUGACCGACUACCUGGCUGUCGACGACGCGCACGCCAUUGUGUUGGCACGGCGGUGCAUCAGCAACCUGAAUUGGCCCUCUCCUUCCAGCCCUCCGGCCGCCUUUGCGGAGCCGCUAUACCCUGCGUCAGAGCUCCUCGGCAUCGCCUCGACCAACCUGCGCAAGCCGCUGCCAAUCCACGAGGUCAUCGCGCGCAUCGUCGACGGCUCCGAGUUCUCCGAGUUCAAGCGCGACUACGGGACGACGCUGGUGACGGGCUUCGCCACCAUCUACGGCCACCGCGUGGGCAUUGUGGCCAACAACGGCAUCCUGUUCAGCAGCUCGGCGGUCAAGGGCGCGCACUUCAUCGAGCUGUGCGCGCAGCGGGGCGUCCCGCUCGUGUUCCUGCAGAACAUCAGCGGCUUCAUGGUGGGCGCCGACGCGGAGCGCGAGGGCAUCGCCAAGAACGGCGCCAAGCUGGUGACGGCCGUGGCGUGCGCCGACGUGCCCAAGUUCACCGUCGUCGUCGGCGGUAGCUACGGCGCCGGCAACUACGGCAUGUGCGGCCGCGCCUACGGGCCUCGCUUCCUCUGGAUGUGGCCCAACGCCAAGAUCGGUGUCAUGGGCGGCGAGCAGCUAGCCGCCGUCAUGGAGACGGUCGGCCAAAAGGCCGACCCCGAGCUCAAGGCCCGCAUCGACAGGGAGAGCGACGCCGUGUACUCGUCUGCCAGGUUAUGGGACGACGGCGUCAUACCGCCGGCGCACACGAGGCGGUAUCUUGGCUUGGGUCUAAGAGCAGCCUUGGGCGGUCGUAAUGAAGUUACGCCGGGCCAGACCAAGUUUGGCGUUUUCAGGAUGUAA